AUGAGAGAAACCGGCGUAUAUGAUGAUAGUAAUCCAAUUCAUGUCAACUGCAUCGCCUACUGUUUUAUGCCAAUUUUGAGAAAAGAGUUGAAUGAAGCUGUGAAAUUCUGGAACACGCAUUGGAUAAGGCAAUCAGCUAACAAAGAACCUCCAGGUGGAAAACCAGAUGUUAUCUAUUCAAUACCAGAACUACACAAUACAGAAAACUUUCUUGUUGAUGUUACACUUGACGAUGUUGAUGUUGCAGAAGAUCUGUGCAUACCGCGCCACACAAUUCGAGACUGUGAUGAGAAUUUUAUUGAACUUGCUGAUAUUAUUAACACUGAUCAUAAUCUCCACGCUCCAACAACAGUGGCUGAAGCUGAGAAUUAUUAUGUCACUCUACUAGCGCACAUUGAAUCUGUUUAA